AUGGCACCUCAAAUACUCCACCGUGUAAUACACGGCUCUGCAGACCCGGAACCAUGGCAAAAGGCGCUUGUACGCUUCCAACCCGCCGUCUUGCACAAUUACCGGCGCCAUCGGGUGCGGGGUGCAGACUACCCGGGGGUAGUCCCAGCUUCCCUAUCACAGCCUGGAGGUGGAGGAGAAAUAACCCAAGCAAAACCGACCGUAGAAAAGAAGUCCACGUCCUCUGUUCUCGGAAUCCUUGUAUCAGGACUUACAGAUGGAGACAUCCACCGAUUGGACAUGUUCGAAGGAAGCGAGUAUAUCCGUGAGAACGUUAAGGUACGGACACUGAAAGAGGCAGAGAAGUCGAGUGAUCCUAAUGUACAGGGCGGAAACCUGUUUGGUGCACUUGAUGCUGCAGAAGCAGAGACUAUUGAUGAAGUGGGGGAGGCUAAUGCUGUGACUUAUGUGUGGGUUGCUGGGACCGAGUGGCUGGAGAGCGCAGAGUGGGAUUUUGAGACGUUUAAGAAAGAGAAGAUGGCUUGGUGGGUUAAUGCUGAUGAACGUGAUUGGUAG